AUGGAGAGUUGCGCGGCCGGAGAGACGAGCCUGAAGGCGGUGCUGGAGGAGCGCUUCUCGGCCUCGGCGCUGCGUGUCUUGCGGGCGGAGGCGGAGGGGCUGCGGGAGAGGCUGGUCUCGGCGGCGGUGCGGGGCAGGAAGAGGCUCCGGAGGAGGGUGACGGUGGGGCGGACCCCGCUGGGAGAGUGCCUGAGGCAGCUGGAGCAGACCCGGCGCCAGUGGGAGGCCAAGGCCCGGGGAGAGCCAGAGGGCACUCCGCCGAGUGAGGAGGCCCAGGGGACGCUCCUGAACCUCCUGGAGAAGGGCCUGGCCCUGGUGGAGAGGGAUGGAGACAGCGAUGGAGAGGAAGACAAGGGUGCAGCCAGGGAUGGACCUGGGACCAAAUACAGGAAGGAAAAGGAAGCAGAGGAAGACCCCGGAGAGGAGGAAGGGCACCAUGGGAGAGACAGUGAGGGAGGUGACACUCAUGAAGGGGAUGGAGACAGCGGUGGGAACAAUGAGGGUGAGCAUCAUGAUGGAGACGGUGAUGGAGAGGAAGACAAGGGUGCAGCCAGGGAUGGACCUGGGACCAAAUACAGGAAGGAAAAGGAAGCAGAGGAAGACCCCGGAGAGGAGGAAGGGCACCAUGGGAGAGACAGUGAGGGAGGUGACACUCAUGAAGGGGAUGGAGACAGCGGUGGGAACAAUGAGGGUGAGCAUCAUGAUGGAGACGGUGAUGGAGAGGAAGACAAGGGUGCAGCCAGGGAUGGACCUGGGACCAAAUACAGGAAGGAAAAGGAAGCAGAGGAAGACCCUGGAGAGGAGGAUGAAGACAAUGAGAGCCACACUCAUGAAGGGGAUGGAGACAGCGGUGGGGACAGUGAGCAUGAGCCUCAUGAUGGAGAUGGUGAUGGAGAGGAAGACAAGGGUGCAUCCAGUGAUGGACCUGGUACCAAACACAGCAAGGGAAAGGAAGCAGAGGAAGACCCUGGAGAGGAGGAAGGGGACCAUGGGAGCAUCAGUGAGGGAGGUGACACUCAUGAAGGGUAUGGAGACAGCAGUGGGAGCAGUGGAGGUGAGGAUCCUGAUGGAGAUGAGGAUCAGGAGGACACUGAGGUCUCCCUCAGUGAUGAAGACAAAAGCGCCAUCUGUGGUUAUCUAUUGAAAAAGUUGGAUAUAGUGGAACAAGAGGUGGACACACUGAAGGACCCCUCGCAGAAGAAGGCGGACACCUUGAGGAAAGAGGCAGAAUUUUUGAGGGAGUGGUACAGGGAUAUCAGUCUAGACAUGGAAAAGGUCCUAAAGGAGAAGGUGCUGCACUUGUGGUCGGCCCUAUGGCUUAACUCAUUACAGGCCAUGACUGCCCUUCAGGAAGUCUUGAGCCAAUUCUCAGCAGUGGAGGUGGCUUCAUUGAAAGCAGAGUCUGACUUCCUACAAGGCUUCCUGCAGGCUGCCCAGAGGGAAGAAACAUUGGCAGAGCUGUCCAACUUCUAUUGCUCACUGGAUGUUCUGCAGGAGUCCCCUCUGCUGAAGAUGGACCCUACAUAUGGUGACCUCCUGAAGGAGGGGGAUGCUAUAAAGGACACCUGGUGCUCUGCGCUGCUGCGUGUCCUGCUGAAGGAGGGUCAGGAGAAGACAACUGCCCUGCAUAAGAAGGUGGACACUGUGCAGGGUAUCUCUCUGGAGCAGAAAGGUGAACUGAGGGCAAAGAUGGACGCUCUCCAGAAACAGAUGGGUCUCCUCUGGGAAGUCCCCCUGAAGGAGAUAACGGCCAUGUUGGCAAUGGCAUAUAAGCUGUCCUGUAAACUGAGCUCAGGUCUCACAAAAGAAGAGGACACCAUCUGGAAGAAAGCAUGUGGUCUCGCAGUUACCCCAAUGGUUAACCUGAAGGACGUCUUUCUGUGGAAGAAAGUGUCUGCCUUGCAGGCCACCCUUCAUGAUAUCCCUGUGGAGAAACUGAUGAUGCUGGAAAAGAAAGUGAAGUUGUGUAUAAGGAAGGCAAAUGUGUUGCAGGAGAAAAUAUGGAAGCCCUUGAAGGAAGAGCUGGAAAUCCUGGAGGAGAAAUUGGAUUCCCUGAAGGAUUCCUCACAGAAGGAGCCUGGCGAGCUCCAAGAAGAGCUGUAUGAAUUACAAAACAACCUGGUUGAACUGAUGGCAUUUGAAACUUAUCCACUAAAGGAAGCAGUGAAAGCCCUGAAAAAGAGGAUGAAUGCCCUGCAGAAGAAGAUGAACGUCCCCCAGAAGGCAGGUGCCCCCCUGAAAAAGAGGGUGAAUGCCCUGCAGAAGAAGAUGAACGUCCCCCAGAAGGCAGGUGCCCCCCUGAAAAAGAGGGUGAAUGCCCUGCAGAAGAAGAUGAACGUCCCCCAGAAGGCAGGUGCCCCCCUGAAAAAGAGGGUGAAUGCCCUGCAGAAGAAGAUGAACGUCCCCCAGAAGGCAGGUGCCCCCCUGAAAAAGAGGAUGAAUGCCCUGCAGAAGAAGAUGAACGUCCCCCAGAAGGCAGGUGCCCCCCUGAAAAAGAGGGUGAAUGCCCUGCAGAAGAAGAUGAACGUCCCCCAGAAGGCAGGUGCCCCCCUGAAAAAGAGGGUGAAUGCCCUGCAGAAGAAGAUGAACGUCCCCCAGAAGGCAGGUGCCCCCCUGAAAAAGAGGGUGAAUGCCCUGCAGAAGAAGAUGAACGUCCCCCAGAAGGCAGGUGCCCCCCUUGAAGAAGGUGAUGAAGCCAUGCAAGGGGACAAAACAGGAUUCCCAGAGAUGUUGAAUGCUCAAGAUGCAGGCUGUGCUCCCCAUUCUGCAGCUCAGAAGAGACCUCCUUGUGAACUUCAGGUGACAGAUGAUUCAAGCAAAGCUCUUCAAGAGACAACGUGUGUGGAGGGUUCUGGGGAGAGUCUCGCUGGCUGUGAACCGGCUCUGACGGAAGGAGAGGGUUCAGAACCUCCCCGUAAAAAACAGAGGAUGAAUCCCACCGGUGGGACCCAAGAGCCUUCUUUGACCCAGGAACUGUUUGCUGUUCUCCAAAAGCACAUUUCCCUUACUAUAAACCAAAGUAUGGAGAAACUGAGCAACAUGGUGAGCAAAUUGCAUGGCACUGCCUUAAAGGAUACAGAAGAAGCAAAAGCCCUGAUGGCUGCUUUGGAAAAAGCUCUGGCACUUUUGAGGUUACUCCUUGAGAAUGCCUGAUAUGAAUCUGGGGUGAAUAAUAAUAAUAAUAAUAAUAAUAAUAAUAAUAAUAAUAAUAAUAAUGUAGAGUCUCGCUUAUCCAACCUUCACUUAUCCAACAUUUUGUAUUAUCCCACACAGUCUGCCUUUUAGUAGUCAAUGUUUUUGCAGUCAAUGUUUUCAAUACAUUGCAAUGUUUUGGUGCUAAUUUCAUUAAUACAGUAAUUACUACAUAACGUUACCAAAUAUUGAACUGCUUUUUCUGUCCAUUUGUUGUAAAACAUGAUAUUUUGGUGCUUAAUUUGUAAAAACAUAAUGUAAUUUGACCUUUAAUAGGCUUGUCCUUAAUCCCUCCUUAUUAUCUGUUCUGCCACCCCGUUUAUGUUGGAUAAGCGAGACUCUACAAUAUUAAUAAUAAUAAUAAUAAUAAUAAUAAUAAUAAUAAUAAUAAUAAUAAAAAAGAAGAAGAAGAAGAAGAAGAAGAACAUGCCCUGGCAGAAUAUGUAAAGCAAAGUGAAGAACCUGCUUUGAUUGAAGUCAAAAAUCAGAAACUCCUCAAAGCACAGCAGACAAAAAAUCAGUACAAGAAAACCGCACUACAAACUAGAGCUGACAGCUGGCACAACAAAACAUUGCAUGGAAAGUUCCUUGACAAAAUUGAAGGAAAAGCUGAUAAGGAGAAGACCUGGCUCUGGCUCACGAAUGGGACCCUGAAGAAGGAGACAGAAGGCCUGAUCCUUGCAGCCCAGGAGCAAGACAUCAGGACAAAGGCAAUUAAGGCCAAGAUUGAAAAAUCAGCUGAUGACCCAAAAUGCAGACUGUGCAAGGAAAUCGACAAAACCAUUGAUCAUAUCCUCAGCUGCUGUAAGAAAACGGCACAGACAGUCUACAAACAGAGGCACAACUAUGUGGCCCAAAUGAUUCAUUGGAACUUAUGCCUCAAGUACCACCUCCCAGCAGCAAAGAACUGGCGGGAUCACAAACCUGCAAAAGUAUUGGAAAAUGAGCACGCAAAGAUACUGUGGGACUUCCGAAUCCAGACUGACAAAGUUCUGGAACACAACACACCAGACAUCACAGUUGUGGAAACGAAAAAGGU